AUGGAAGCAGAGCUUGCCAAGGCAUGCUUUGAGCAUAAGCUCUCGGUGCCUGAUGAAACUCAUGGCGGCGACGAGAAGGGAGCACGAGCGCAGCGAGCUCAGUGGCUCCGAGCUGCAAUCUUAGGGGCCAGUGAUGGCCUACUGUCCACAGCUUCUCUCAUGCUUGGAGUUGGAUCAGCCAAGGAAGAUCGCUGGUCUAUGAUCAUCUCUGGGGUCGCCGGCGCCGUCGCUGGUGCAUUCAGCAUGGCCGUCGGCGAGUUCGUGUCGGUGUCGAUGCAAAGGGACAUGGAAAUGGAAGGAAGAAAAACGAAGACAGUCGAGCAGCCUACGAUAACUUCAGUUACUAAAAACUUCAUUCCACCACCGCCACCGCCACCGCCACCGUCGCCGGCCAUACUAGCAGCUGCAUCACCGUCGCUGGGGAGGUCGCCAAUGAUGAGAGCAAUUGCAGCAGCUGGAAACAAGGAAGCAGUAGGCAAAGAUGAUGGUGGAGAGUCGCUGCCAAACCCGGCCAAGGCGGCGGCGGCGUCCGGGGUUGCGUUCAUGGCUGGUUCGCUGGUGCCGCUCCUGUCGAGCGCUUUCAUCAGCCAUUAUUCGACAAGGGUUUUGGUGCUUGUUAUCGCGACAUCGGUUGCUCUGGCCGGGUCUGGAGGACUAGGGGCUUAUCUGGGUGGGUCUCAGGUGAGGUCGUCGGCGACGAGGGUGCUGAUCGGAGGGUGGCUCUCAAUGGGGGUCACGUAUUUGUUGCUUAAGCCCCUAGACAAAGAUGACGGAUAG